AAUGUUACUUCCCUGUUUGGUAGACGGCGUGACACUUUUCUGUUUGUUUUUCAUCAUAUUUGUUUCUGAUUUUCAUCGCGUUGUUCUCGCUUCCUCGAAUGCAAAUUGAAAUGACGUCGGUGUCUCCGUCAUUGCGUUGUCACCCAUCGACCAAUCGCAUUUCGACGUUCAUAUUCACGCCGCUUCCAUGUUGUCAGCUUGUUUUGCUAACGCCAGCGACUAAACACCGAGCAUCUUGAGAUAAAUAACUUCGUUUUUACUGCGCUCUACGUACUAUUUAGUCGUUUUUCAUCCCGCCCCUCAAUUCAUAUUGUCCUCGGUUACGGGUUUGCACAUGCUUUUCACCAAGCUACCUACCGAUUUAAGCGAUCAAGCUAAAGCAGGCCUGCGAUUGAACAUUAACAUUAUAAUGCAAAAUGGGUUAAAAUGCCGAUGACGCGGAACGUUCUCUUUGUAAAUUCAUCAGCCUUGUGUGUGCGUCUUGUCGGGAGCUUCACACAAACGCGCCCGCAUCGAAUCGUGCACAUUUAAGGACAGGCGGUUGGAUGUUUGUGGACCACGUCGAGCCAUGAUGGUGCUCCGGCGGCUCUUAAGGAAACGCUGGGUGCUGGGAAUCGUCUUCGGAUUGUCGCUCAUCUACUUUCUUAGCAGCACGUUGAAACAGGAGGAGCGAAUCACAGGGGACCGCGCCCUUCUGGAAGUGAGAGACACCGAGCAUCGCAUCCCCUGGAAGGUGCGCUUCACUCUGGGAAACAGCAGCCGACAGACAGGCCGCUGCCGCAACUCCAUCCAGGGAAAAACACUGCUCACCGACGAGCUGGGUUACGUGUGUGAGCGCAAAGACCUGCUGGUGAACGGCUGCUGCAACGUCAAGGCGCCGCGCAGCCGCCAGCACGUCUGCAAAAGCUGCCUGGCCGACGGCUGCUGUAGCGUGUACGAAUACUGCGUGUCCUGCUGCCUCCGGCCGGACAAGCAAGCCCACCUGGAGCGCUUCCUGAGCCGCGCCGCCCAGGGCUUCCAAAACCUCUUCACCGCCGUGGAGGACCUCUUUGAGCUUUGCCUGGCCAAGUGUCGCACUUCUUCGCAAAGCGUCCAGCACGAGAACACGUACCGGAACCCCCAAGCCAAGUUCUGCUACGGCGAAAGUCCCCCGGAGCUCCUUCCCAUCUAAACGCCAAGCGCAACAAGAAAGACUGGUGUCGCCUUUUCAGCGUGCUUCCUUACGUCAUACACGACGGAAGCGGUCAGCUCCCGUUUGUCCGACGGAAUGGCUGCAUUGCCUGCGCCAAGCACGCGAUGGCCGGCUUACGCAUGUGGUCCAUGCCGACUGGGCGAGCCAGGGGCAUUUGGGGCCUUAUUGAAGGAAACACCCUGACCAUUGGAAUUUUGGGGGAAACAUAGUUCAACAGCUUGGUGCAAAUGAAAGGAGUGGGCUUUUAGGGAGAGAACUUUAGUAGAAAUAAGUCCAUUUUUUGGCAGUCGUUUAAAGGAAAUAAAUGGGUGAGUUUGACAAAAGGCUAAAAAACAAAAAAGGUUGAGUUUUGACAAUCCUUUUCUUUUUAGAUUGAUUUACAACAAUUUUAUUUCAGUGUUUUUGCUCACUACGGUCAUCUCUUUGAACUUUGGCCACAUGUUUUUGUUGUUUUUCUGGUAUUUAUCAUUUGUAUUUUUACAUCGUGCGAUAUUUAGUGACGAGUAGGCCUACUGUUCAAUUUAAACAAAGUUUGUAACAUAUAAGGUAAAAAAAAACAAUCAAGAAAAAUAUUGAAAAAAA